AUGAAGCUCCUGCAAACGCUCGCGCCCGCCGCCGGGCUCAUCUCUCUCGCCAACGCCUGGGGAACUGACGUCCAUACCUUUUACACCACGGUCAUAACCACGGCCUACGAGACGUACUGCCCCUCUCCCACAACCUUUGUCCACCACAACGUGACUUACACCGCAACCACGGCAACGACCCUCACCAUCACCAACUGCCCCUGUACCAUCACAACUCACCAACCGCCCCCGUACACGACGACCAAGACGCUUCCCCCUCCUCCUCCUCACGCCAACACCACCAUCGUGACCUCCACCAAGACCCCCAAGCCUCCCAAGCCAACCUACCACAACACGACCAUCGAACACACCCCGAAGCCGCCCACGCCGACCCUGACUCACCCUCCCAAGCCUCCCCACCACAACGGCACCACGACCGUCAUCGUCGUCACGCCCCCGGCGGAAACCACCAUCGCCGGAGUCACCCCCGUCACACCGACCCUGCACAACCCCCCUCCCACCAACACCCCCGUCAGCCCCUCGACCACCCCUCCCGUCACCGUCCCCGGCAGCGGCGCGGAGAAGAUCGGGGCCGGCGUCGGUGCGGUGCUGCUCGCCGGGUUCGUCGCACUGUUGAUCUAA